CUGGUCAGCUGACAUCAGGGCAGAGAUUUGCAUUUCCACAGACCCAGCAGACUGGAAGAGGUCCUCGGGUUUUACGGUUAGGAAAUUUAAAUAUUUCUUACAUUUUUUUUACAUUGAUUAAGAAUCUAGCACAUUCGAGCCAUCAGAGAAACUAGGGAAUUCUAGACACCAGAGAAUGUCCCCAUUAUCUUCGCGUAACAUUCACCUCACCAUUUCCCUAUAAUUAACCCUCAUUGUUCCUUCACUUUUCCACCAUUGUAUUUUCAGAUUGUUUCUAUCUCUGUAAAAUAUUUGAAUUGUUUAUUUUUACUAAGUUUUUAUUUACGGGGAAAACUGGACUUACGGAAUGGUAGAACGUGUCAAGUUAUUAAAAUAAAACAUUUGUACCUCAAACAUGUUCAUUUUGACUGACUCCCAUUCAGUGGCGUAAGUAGCGGAAGGGACACCAGUUCGUGUGUCGAUAUUUUUCCGCCCUUCUUCCUCUAUCAAAUUUCACCAGUUGGCCGAAAAUGGCACCCUCAAUAUGAAUAAAAAUCCCGGGGCGCAGAUAACUGCGCCACACAUCCCAGGCCACAGAAUAACCUCCCCGGAAAGACACCCGCUGUGCUCCACUUCCCAGACCACAGAAUAACCUCCCCGGAAAGACAACCGCUGCGCUCCACUUCCUAGACCACGGAUUUAACUUCCAGAACAGAUUACCCUGUGCUCCACUUCCCAGGCCACACAAUAACAUCCCACGGCAGAUUACUCAUGUUCUCCACUUCCUAAGCCAAAUAAUAACCUCCCAUGACAGACAACCCCUGUGCUUCACUUCCUAGGCCACAGAAUAACCUUCCAGGAAAGACCACCCCUUUGCUCCACUUCCGAUGCCAUGGAAUAGCCUCCCCUUACAGACAGCCCCUGUGCUUCACUUCUUAUGCCACUGCGUGCCUGAUGGGGCGCGCCGCCUCUGUGCUCCACUUCCUACGCCCCUAGUCACCAUACUUUCUCUCUUACCGAAGUUACAUUUUAGCAGAAUAUUUGCAAAGUUUGAAACUUGUUUUGUAGCCAUAAUUUGUUAACUAGCAAUUAUUUUUAACAUUGGUAAUAACAUGGGGACCUUGAUUUUCGUAAUGGGGAAACGUAUUUAUAACUAACAAGAACUUUUCAUUGAUUGUCAUUUUGGACCCACUUGCCAUGUUUGACCUGCUUGUCAUGUUGGACCUACAUUUCAUUGGGGUCCUGAUUAUCAUGCUAUAGUUCUGUGAAAAUAUCAAUCUACUAUUCAUGAAACAUCCAUAGAAUAUCAAGAGAAGAUAUGCUUCGACUGCAGAGAGAAGAGGCAAUGAAACAAAGACAGCGACAACAGCAACAGGAUGACGGUUCUCAACAGGAGCGGUUUCAAGGUCAGUCAACAGCCGGGCAGCAGCAGCAGCAACAGCAGCCUGGUAUUCUUGCAAACAGCAGAUUAACCGGAAGUCGAGUUGCGGGAAGCUCGAGGCAGCCUUCUAAUUUACAACUUGCCAGGUAAGAGAGUGGAUGUGUUUCGUAACAUCUGGUAAUGGUUUAAGUGAACGAUGUGUUUCGUAACAUCUGGUAGUGGUUUAAGUGAACGAUGUGUUUAGUAACAUCUGGUAGUGGUUUAAGUGAACGAUGUGUUACGUAACAUCUGGUAGUGGUUUAAGUGAACAAUGUGUUUAGUAACAUCUGGUAGUGGUUUAAGUGAACGAUGUGUUUAGUAACAUCUUGUAGUGGUUUAAGUGAACGAUGUGUUUCGUAACAUCUGGUAGUGGUUUAAGUGAACAUAGGGGUGGGAUAGCAUUGAAAUGGUUAUUUUAUAUAUUCCACCAUUAAAUCUUCUAAACACCUACCUACCUGGUGGGUUGUCUGACCGAUUGUACAAAGAGUAGCCCAUACUACGUGGGUGGGUUGUCUGACCGAUUGUACAAAGAGUAGCCCAUACUACGUGGGAGGGCUGUGAGCCAGGCAUGACACGGGGACCUAAAAUUAGUUUGACGGAUUGCUUUCAGCCCCAAAUUAACGUUUGCGAGGGUGGAGACCAGGCCAGGGGAUAUGAUUAUGUGUUGUGUGCCUCCUUUCAGGAGAAAUGGUUGAACGUGUUUCAGCAGUUCUUUGCUUUGAAAGUAAGAGACGUGCAAAUACAAUUUGAGACUUUGAUUUGUUCCAGUGAUAUCAUCUAUUAUUUUUUUAAAUAGAAGCGUUACAUUAAUUAAUGUUUAAAGAAUUGUUUUGUUUAAAUGAAAUAAUAUUCAAUUACAUCAAUAGUUCAUCUCAAGGGUUGUAAGAUUCAAUUAUAUAAAUGGUUCAUCUCUAGGGUUGUAAGGUUCAAUUAUAUCAAUAUUUUAUCUCCAGAGUUGAUCCUUCAGGCAGGCUAAUUCCCCUUACUCCAGCAGAAAGAGAAGAAUUCUUAAGAAAAGGCGGAAAAAUUGUCGGUCAAGUUAGACCAAGGUAUAUUUUUAUUGAAGUUGUUCAAGUCAAAUAUUAGUUUACUCUGUUGGAUGGUUCUUCGAUCGUUUUAAUUUACGUACGCCAAAGAACAUGAUUUCUGACUUUAUCCUUAUUUUUGUUUAACAACGGCCAUAUUCUAUGACUUCUGAGGUUAUACUUACUCUAGACAUGACUUUAUCUUGACUUGCGACAUGACUUUAUCCUGAAUUUAUAAGUGACGUUGUGGAGAUUGUAAUUUAUAACAAAAUAUUUUUAAUAAUUCAUUUAUGAAAUAGACUUUUUUGGGGAACCAUCACAUUUCUGAACAAUAAUUGAUAGCACCUAUGUACUGUUGACAGAACAUUUCUGAAAACAAUUGAUAGCACCUAUGUACUGUUGACAGAACAUUUCUGAAGACAAUUGAUAGCACCAAUGGAAUGUUGGCACUACAUUUCUGAAAUCAGAUUGAUAUCACCUAUAUAACGAUAAAUGUAAGGGUAUCGAUUUCGUUUAGAUGACAUUUUCAGCUAUUGAGACACAUUGAUAAGUUUGUAAAAAAAUAAUUAUGCAUGGUGUGUGGUUGUAAUUUAAAGACUUAAUUUAAGCAUAAUAAAUUAUUUUAUCCCCAGAAGUGACCUCAAUAGAGGUCAAAGACAACCUCAAGAUCAGAGUCUUCAAGUCAAACCUGUCCCAGCCAACCCACUAGGAGGUUUUAGAGAUGACAGUGUGAUGCCUAGAAAUCAAAUGACCAGUAAAUACUUUACACUUGAUUUAUAUACCUGCAAAUGUACUCAAACACCCAGCAAUCCACAUAUUAACCUGCAAAUGUACUUAAACACCAAGCAAUCCCUCUACCAACCUGUAAAUAUACUUAAACACCAAACAAUCCCCAUAUUAACCUGCAAAUGUACUUAAACACCAAGCAAUCCAUCUACCAACCUGCAAAUCUACUUAAACACCAAGCAAUCCAUCUACCAACCUGCAAAUAUACUUAAACACCAAGCAAUCCACACAUUAACCUGCAAAUGUACUUAAACACCAAGCAAUCCAUCUACCAACCUGCAAAUAUACUUCAACACCAAGCAAUCUAACAUUGUUUAACCUUUGAUUGUGAACAUUUAUUUGAUUCAUGUCUAUAAUUUUUGUUGUAUAUUUAACCUGAAGUUAUAAACUAUACACACAUCAAUUUUAAAGCCUGGAAUAUCAAUAAACAGAGUACGCCUUGGGGGAUUUCAGAUGAUUCAUUAAAAAAAAAACUUAUUAAGUAAGUAAAAUGUAAUAAAAACACUUAAUUUAAAUCUAAUUUUGUUACAGAAUUAGAUACGACAAUUCAGCUUGUCUAAAGCUAUGACACGCAGCUGGUAAACGAAAUGAGUGUUAUUUUUUUAUCCUUUAUAUGAACUUCGCUUCCGGUGUAAGGCGAAAUGACCCACUUUCCGUCAUCCUAUCAUGCUGAAACUUGGCAUAUAGACUCGUUGCCGGUGACUACAAGUAAUUUCAAUUUCUCAGCCCCCACCGCCCUAACCCCAAACUACAAAAAUCUUUCCCCCUCUCUUUUGAAAGAAAAAAAGGGGGGGGGGGGGAGGUGGGUGAAAUAAAUGACCCCCUUUCCGUCAUCCUAUCAUGCUGAAACUUGGCAUAUAGACCCGUUGCCGGUGACUAAAAGUAAUUUCAAUUUCUCAGCCCCCCCCGCCCUAACCCCAAACUACAAAAAUCUUUCCCCCUCUCUUUUGAAAAAAAAAAGGGGGGGGGGAGGAGGUGGGUGAAAUAGGAUUUGUUCAAUGGGUGUGUAUAUUGGUGAGGAGAUUAAUUGUGCAGCCUACAAAAAUACUUAUUUAGGAUUUAUGCAUGAAACAUUCCUAGUAAAGGUUAAUUAUUUGAGCUAUGGUAUAAAAAUAAUUUUAACAAAUAAUACCUUUUCUUUUAAAGCUAUUAAACGAAAAUUAAAAUAUAUUUUCAGAUUCCAACAGGAACGGCAAUGAAAACAAUCAGUUGAGAUCAGACGGGUUUAAUUCACGGUAGGUUUAGCUUUUAGCUGUCGACAUUGUAAAAACAAUCAUUUGAGAUCAGAUAGAUUAAAUUCAUGGUAGCUGUAACAUUUUGAAAAAAGAUGAGAAAGAUGAGAAAGGUUUAAACGCCGGUAGGUUUAGCUUCUAGCUGUCUCCUGUAUCGAUAUGUUUAGCUUUUAGCUGUCUCCUGUAUCGAUAGUUUUAGCUUUUAGCUGUCUCUUGUAAUGGUAGGUUUAGCUUUUAGCUGUCUCCUGUAUCGGUAGGUUUAGCUUUUAGCUGUCUCCUGUAUCGGUAGGUUUAGCUUUUAGCUGUCUCCUGUAUCGGUAGGUUUGGCUUUCAGCUGUCGCCUGUAGCGUAUUCAAAACGAUGUCUUGGUUUCUUUAACUAUAUUCCCUUCUUUUUACUGAUGGUUUUCUGCUUCCAUUAUUGAAUCAUGAAUGGGUCAGCAUCAUCCAUGGGUCAGCAUAUCCAUGGGUCAGCAUCAUCCAUGGGUCAGCAUCAUGAAUGGUUCAGCAUCAUCCAUGGGUCAACAUGAUUCAUGGGUCAACAUCAUCCAUGGGUCAGAUGACAGGUCUGGGAUAAAAUACACAUCAUAAUCAACAUACAAGUCCGGUCUAUUACUGACUGCCUAAGCAAACCAAUAAAUAUAUGUUGAAGUGUUUAAAAAUUAUUUUCCUAGUUAAAAGUUAAUGGAACAUUGUUACAAAACAAAAACUAGGCAACUAAAUAUUGUACAGUACUUUCUUUUUUUUGUUGUUGUAAAUUCUUUAUAUAUGUUUUCUAUUAAAUAAUUCAUAGAUUCAGAAACAUAUAUGAAUUAGUAAAUUCUUUGUUAACUUUUUCCAACAUACCUGUUUAUGUAAGUUUUCCGCAACCUGAGGCUAAAUAUCCCAUGAGAGGAAACAGACAACAGGAGGAACAGAGGAGACAACAGGAGGAGCAGAGGAGACAACAGGAGGAACAGAGGAGACAACAAGAGGAGCAGAGGAGACAACAAGAGGAGCGGGAGCGAUUGAUACAGAGAGAAAAAGAAGAAGAGUUGUUACAUCAAAAACUCAUUCAGGUAAUGUUGUGUCAAUCAAAAACUGUGAUUUGAUAGACCGGGUUAAGGUUAGGGUUAGGUUUGACAUUUGAGGUGUGUUAACCAACAACAUUCACCAACAAGGUUAAGUUUAGGGUUAAGGUUAGUGUUAGGGUUCACAUUUGAUUUGUGUCAACCAAAAACAUUCCCCAAAAAGGUUAGGGUUAGGGUUAGGAUUAGGGUUCACAUUUGAGGUGUUUCAACCAACAAAAUUCCCCAACAAGGUUAGGGUUAGGGUUAAGGUUAGGGCUAGGGUUCACAUUUGAGGUGUGUCAACCAACAAUAUUCCCGGACCCAUGCUAACCCUAACCCUAACCUUAACCCGGUCCAUCAAAUCACAGUUCCUGAAAAUGUUAACAAUAUAAACUAGCUUAGGUCUGUCUUGUGUGACACUCAACAGACACCAUUUAUUUGUUUCUAAUACAUACAAUUUGCUUUUAGGGUUGUAAUGAGCCUAGUGUUUAAGCUACCAAAGUUAUUUUACUAAUCCUUAAAGGAGACUGAGUUCAAAAUGAUAUUUUUUAAAAAUCUUUUACAUUUACUUCGCUUUUAUUCGUGACUUGCUGCCAUAAUCUUCGGACGGCUAAUUGAACCACUUCCCGUUCGAGCUGAAACUUGGCACAUUUACUCGUUGCUGGUGACAAAGCGACAAUCAAAUUUUAAGAUUCAGCCCCCAAUUCCAACCUCCAAAAAAAUUAGUUUUGCCUGUUUUUCCAGGGAAAGAUGAAGGAAAUGGGAUGACACUGAUUUUUCGAAAUAAAAAUCCCGCUAAAUGCACUAAAUGCACUAAAUGAGAUUCUUUUGUUAAAAAAUCCGCAAGUGUGUUUGGUGCGUAAAACUUUCUUUUGUUUUUCUCCCAUGAUUUGUCAACUUAUUAUGCUGUGUAACAGCGGGUGGGGGGGGGGAAAAAUGUUGGGGAGAAUGGUUUGGGGGGGGGGGGGGGAUCAUUGGAAUUUUUAUAAAGUAAUGCGUUACAUGUAUACAUUUUUAUAUACAUACCCAUUCUUCCAUAUUUCAUCUUGUAAAAGAUUUUUGCGAAAAUCUUUUGUUAUUGAAUGUUGUUUAAGAGACUGUUGAUGCCUAUAGUCUUGUAAUACUAUCGAAGGAAAUAAAGAGACUGUUGUUGGCUAUUUCAUUUAGAUCUAAAUUUAAAAAGACAUUUAACUUUAGUAAUUCGGAUAAUUCUCUGAUGUCCUGUUCCUAUCCGUAACUUUGCUUAUAUUGAAAAGCUAGUCUUUAGAUACAGGUGGUUGGUUUAAUAUAUCCGUUUUUAGAACCGAUGGACUUUUGAAACAAAAUAACUUUUUAAACGACUUUUAAAACAAACUGACUUUUAAGCUAACCGACUUUUUAAACAAACCGACUUUUAGACAAAACAACUUGUUACACAAACCAACUUUUUAAACAAACCGACUUUUUAAACAAACCGACUUUUAGACAAACCAACUUGUUACACAAACCAACUUUUUAAACAAACCGACUUUUUAAACAAACCGACUGUCUAAACAAACCAACUUGAAACACAAACCGACUUUUAAACAAACCGAUUCUUCAAACAGAAAAAAUGGGACGAUCAACUGAAACUUCAGAGGCUGCAAGAAGAGAAAGACAGACAACAGAAAUUGUUAGAGAAAAGGAUUCUAGAGCAGCAUCAAAUUCUUCAAGAACAGCAAAAACAGAUUGAACAGCGGCAACAGCUUCAAGCGACAACAACUAGUAGGACAGGACCAUCUGUCAUAAGUACCCAAGAGACAGGACCACCUGCCAUUAGUGCACAAAAGAUAGGACCACCUGUCAUUAGUACCCAAGAGGCAGGACCACCUACCAUUAGUACACAAAAGACAGGACCACGGAGCAUUAGUACCGAAGGGACCGUACCAAUUGUCAUUAGUACCCAACAAAUGCAGAGAAACGCGAAAACUGAAGGUAGUACCAUAAUAACAUCUACUCCUAUGUAUUCUCUCAGGGUUUCCCCCUAUCUCGUCAUUCUUAUUGAUUACUGCUAAGUCUGUUGCCCCAUAAACAUCCGAUUGUUUCAGUUCAAUCUUUUAAGCUAGAAAAUGUAAACUUUGGUCACAUUUAAAAUUUUUUUUUUUUUUUUUGCGACAAUGAAAAUCUAUGUUCUGCCACAUCAAAAUCUAUGUACUUGCCAAAAAAAAUGUUCUUGUUACACAUAAAAUCUAUACUCUUAUCAGAUUAAAUUAUUGAUACAUAUAAAAUCUAUGUUCUUUCCACAUAAAAUCUAUGUCGUCGUUACAUAUAAAAUCUAUGUUUUUGCCACAUAUUUUUGCCAAUGUCUAUGUCAAAAUCUACGCUCCUGGAUAAAAUGCAAAAAAGCACAGAAUAAUGCAGCUCGCAUUGUUCUUCGUAAACGCAAAUUUAACCAAGCUAAAACAAUUCUGAGAGAGAUAGCUGCAUUGCUUGCCGGUCCGUGCUCGCAUAGAGUACAAAAUUGCAACUCUGUACUACAGCUGCUUGCAUGACUCAGCCCCUUCAUAUCUCAAAGCACUCAUGACGACUUAUGUACCCACUAGACAGCACUGCUCAUCCGAUAGUGGCAAACUCUCGAUACCACGUGUUCGCCUGGAGACUUACGGAAGGCGCAAUUUCGCAGUUGCUGGCCUAACGAAUUGGGACCCCUUACCUGUCGCUCUCAGACACAGUCAGACACCGGAGUCUUUCAAAACCGAUUUGAAAACACAUUCAUUUCGCAAACAUCUGCUGGGGUGAUGUUGUCUACCAUCUUUCCAGCUAGCUAUUAUCUCCUAGAGCCUAGAUGUAUAUUGGCCUGUGUUGUUUAUAGUUGCAAGGGAUGAAAGACAUUGAAUGGGUUUGGCUAAUUUGUUGUUUUUGUAAUGUUGCGGUUUUUGUUGUUUCAAUGGGGCAAACUAUAGACUGUUCCAUUGCUCGUUUAAUUUAACAAUGUCAGUUCAUAUGUCAUUAUGUAUGUCCAUGUCUAUCUCAGUGUCUAAGUCUAUGCAAAUAUCAAUGUCUAUGUCAAUAUAUAUGUCAAUGUAUAUGUCUAUGUCAAUGUUCAUGUCUAUGUCAAUGUGUAUUUCAAUGUCUAUUUCAAUGUCUAUGUCAAUGUUUAUAUUAUUACUGGCUGCAAUCGUUAUAAAUUAAUCAUUUUUAAUCUUGAACAAGUUUGAAUUUUGAUCUAUUUUCCCAAUCCAUUUCAGAAGUAUCAACAUCUGGCAGACAACCAACAUCGUUAAGUUCAACAUCCGCCCCUCUCCUUGACAGUGUGCUGGCCAGUCUUGUUUCAGUGACCCAUCCUAAUGUUAUCCUAGCAGGUCUGCCCUUAGCUACCACAGAUGUCCCAAUCUUGAUGACCUCUGACCCAGUACUCGAGUUCAUCAAACCAACCAAUCAGACAGUUGUUGGUCCUCCAGUUGCCGGUAAGACCCACUCGGCUGUUUCAGGUGAAUUUAUAGUGUUGGCUCAGUUCAUUGAUAGAACCGCCGAAUUCAUUGUGUUGGCUCUACCCAUUGAUAGAAUAGCCGAAUCCACAGCGUUGGCUCCACCCAUUCAGAGAAUAGCCGAAUCCAUGGUGUUGACAUACCCAUUGAUACAACAGCCUCAUCCAUAUUGAUUUCAAUAUCCAUUGAUAGAACAUCCUAAUCCAUAGUGUUGGCUAUACCAAUUGAUAGAACAGCCGAAUGUAUAGCGUUGGCUAAACCUAUUAAUAGAAUAGCCGAAUCCAAAGUGUUGGCUAUGCCUAUUUAUAGAGCAGCUGAAGUAGAUUGUUGGUCAUAAAGAAGAUUGUUGAUUGUGAAGUAGAUUAUUGUUUAUGGAGUAUAAUGCUGUUUAUGAAGUAGAUUAUUGUUCAUUGAGUCAACUAUUUGCUUGGUUUAAUAUGCAUGACAACUCAAAGUUUAAUCUAAUUCAUUUAAAUUUCUAUUCAAAUCUAUCUUUUUUUUUCGCUAAAAAUUUUGAUUUUCUGAUAGAUGAUUCUGUCAUUUCAGAAUCUGGUCUGGCUAAAAAAGAGAGAAUCUAUCAACUUGCUGAACUCCUGGGGUUCAAACCUAUAGACCUGCUCAAUUUGGUGGCUGAAAUGGAAGCAAAUAAAAAUGCUUUAAGUAAGAGUAAAUAAUGUUCUGUAGGUAAAUACUGAGGUCCUUUAGUCUGCUUGAAUUAACUUGUUAUGUUUCAUUCUGCUCUAGUUGCCACUGGGGAAUGUGCACUUCCGACUAGUAGUCAUUUGAGAAUGUGCACUUCCAUCUAGUAGUCAUUUGGGAAUGUGCACUUCCGUCGAGUAGCCAUUGGGGAAUGUGCACUUCCGUCUAGUGGCCAUUGGGGAAUGUGCACUUACGGCUAGUUGCCAAUGGAAAGUGGGCACUUCGGUCUAGUAGCCAUUGGGGAAUGUGCACUUACUUUUUGUAGCCACUGGGGAAUGUGUACUUGCGUCUAGUAUACUUUGGAAAAUUGGUACUUCCGUUCUAGUAGCAUUUGUGGAAUGUGUACUUCAGUCAAGUAGCUAUCGAGGAAUGUGCACUUCGGUUCUUGAAUAUUUAAUAAUAAAGGCGUAGUUAAGGUCGCUGACUAGGGCGGUCUGCCUGGAGCAGUUCUCAUAUUAAAGUUUAAAAAAUUGUUUUAAAAAAUAAAUUUAAAAGUAAAAUAAAAAAAAAAUGUUAUUUUAGUUUGUAAAAUUGACUUCAUUGACCAUCUUCCACUUGACUUCAUUGACCAUCUUCCACUAUUGACUUCAUUGACCAUCUUCCACUAAUGACUUCAUUGACCAUCUUCCACUAUUGACUUAAUUGACCAUCUUCCACUAUUGACUUCAUUGACAAUCUUCCACUUGACUUCAUUGACCAUCUUCCACUAUUGACUUCCUUGACCAUCUUUCACUAUUGACUUCAUUGACCAUCUUCCACUAGACUUCAUUGACCAUCUUCCACUAUUGACUUCUUUGACCAUCUUCCACUAUUGACUUCAUUGACCAUCUUCCACUAUUGACUUCAUUGACCAUCUUCCACUAUUGACUUCCUUGACCUUCUUCCACUAUUGACUUCAUUGACCAUCUUCCACUAGACUUCAUUGACCAUCUUCCACUAUUGACUUCCUUGACCAUCUUCCACUAUUGACUUCAUUGACCAUCUUCCACUAUUGACUUCAUUGACCAUCUUCCACUAUUGACUUCUUUGACCAUCUUCCACUAUUGACUUCAUUGACCAUCUUCCACUAUUGACUUCAUUGACCAUCUUCCACUAUUGACUUCCUUGACCAUCUUCCACUAUUGACUUCAUUGACCAUCUUCCACUAGACUUCAUUGACCAUCUUCCACUAUUGACUUCUUUGACCAUCUUCCACUAGACUUCAUUGACCAUCUUCCACUAUUGACUUCAUUGACCAUCUUCCACAUUGACCAUCUUCCACUAUUGACUUCAUUGACCAUCUUCCACUAUUGACUUCAUUGACCAUCUUCCACUAUUGACUUCAUUGACCAUCUUCCACUAGACUACAUUGACCACCUUCCACUAUUGACUUUAUUGACCAUCUUCCACUAUUGACUUCCUUGACCAUCUUCCACUAUUGACUUCAUUGACCAUCUUCCACUUGACUUCAUUGACCAUCUUCCACUAUUGACUUCCUUGACCAUCUUCCACUAUUGACUUCAUUGACCAUCUUCCACUAUUGACUUCAUUGACCAUCUUCCACUAGACUUCAUUGACCAUCUUCCACUAUUGACUUCUUUGACCAUCUUCCACUUGACUUCAUUGACCAUCUUCCACUAUUGACUUCAUUGACCAUCUUCCACUAUUGACUUCAUUGACCAUCUUCCACUAUUGACUUCAUUGACCAUCUUCCACUAGACUUCAUUGACCAUCUUCCACUAUUGACUUCAUUGACAAUCUUCCACUAUUGACUUCAUUGACAAUCUUCCACUAUUGACUUCAUUGACCAUCUUCCACUAUUGACUUCAUUGACCAUAUUCCACUAUUGACUUCAUUGACCAUCUUCCACUAUUGACUUCAUUGACCAUCUUCCACUAUUGACUUCAUUGACCAUCUUCCAUUAUUGACUUCAUUGACCAUCUUCCACUAUUGACUUCAUUGACCAUAUUCCACUAUUGACUUCAUUGACCAUCUUCCACUAUUGACUUCAUUGACCAUCUUCCACUAUUGACUUUAUUGACCAUCUUCCACUAUUGACUUCAUUGAACAUCUUCCACUAGACUUCAUUGACCAUCUUCCACUAUUGACUUCAUUGACCAUCUUCCACUAUUGACUUCAUUGACCGUCUUCCACUAUUGACUUCAUUGACCAUCUUCCACUAUUGACUUCAUUGACCAUCUUCCACUAUUGACUUCAUUGACCAUCUUCCACUAUUUACUUCAUUGACCAUCUUCCACUAUUGACUUCAUUGACCAUCUUCCACUAUUGACUUCAUUGACCAUCUUCCACUAUUGACUUCAUUGACCAUCUUCCACUAUUCACUUCAUUGACCAUCUUCCACUAUUCACUUCAUUGACCGUCUUCCACUAUUGACUUCAUUGACCAUCUUCCACUAUUGACUUCAUUGACCAUCUUCCACUAUUGACUUCAUUGACCAUCUUCCACUAUUGACUUCAUUGAGCAUCUUCCACUAGACUUCAUUGACCAUCUUCCACUAUUGACUUCUUUGACCAUCUUCCAUUUGACUUCAUUGACCAUCUUCCACUAUUGACUUCAUUGACCAUCUUCCACUAUUGACUUCAUUGACCAUCUUCCACUAUUGACUUCAUUGACCAUCUUCCACUAGACUACAUUGACCAUCUUCCACUAUUGACUUCAUUGACCAUCUUCCACUAUUGACUUCCUUGACCAUCUUCCACUAUUGACUUCAUUGACCAUCUUCCACUACACUUCAUUGACCAUCUUCCACUAUUGACUUCAUUGACCCUCUUCCACUAUUGACUUCAUUGACCAUCUUCCACUAUUGACUUCAUUGACCAUCUUCCACUAUUGACUUCAUUGACCAUCUUCCACUAGACUACAUUGACCAUCUUCCACUAGACUUCAUUGACCAUCUUCCACUAUUGACUUCAUUGACCAUCUUCCACUAUUGACUUCAUUGACCAUCUUCCACUAGACUGCAUUGACCAUCUUCCACUAUUGACUUCAUUGACCAUCUUCCACUAGACUUCAUUGACCAUCUUCCACUAGACUUCAUUGGCCAUCUUCCACUAGACUUCAUUGACCAUCAUCCACUAGACUUCAUUGACCAUCUUCCACUAGACUUCAUUGACCAUCUUCCACUAUUGACUUCAUUGACCAUCUUCCACUAGACUUCAUUGACCAUCUUCCACUAUUGACUUCAUUGACCAUCUUCCACUAUUGACUUCAUUGACCAUCUUCCACUAUUGACUUCAUUGACCAUCUUCCACUACUGACUUCAUUGACCAUCUUCCACUAGACUUCAUUGACCAUCUUCCACUUGACUUCAUUGACCAUCUUCCACUAGACUUCAUUGACCAUCUUCCACUAGACUUCAUUGACCAUCUUCGACUAGACUUCAUUGACCAUCUUCCACUAUUGAUUUCUUUGAAUAUCUUCUAACAUUUGAUUUAUAGAGUGGUACUAAUGGAUACUGUAUUUUCAUACUCGCAUUAAAAAAAAAAUAGUUUUUGUACUUAAGUCAUAUUUCAAAGAUGAGAUAUUUUCCUACCUAGGCGGACAGAUGACUCAAACACCUGUCAAUCAAACAGCACAGCAGCCGCUACCAAGCACACAGGUAAACAAAAUAUAAACAGGUUUUCCCAGACUAUGCUACAUUAGCUCCUGAUUAAAGAGUAAACCUAUAUUUAAAAUUGAAAAACAAUAUUUCAAAUUUUUUUUGGGAAUAAUUAGAGACCUAUAAAUCUUAGACAUAUCCAAUUCAUUCCUGUCGCAGUAAAGCUGAUAUACAGCUUUGGCCUGCCUCACCACUUCCUUCCACUCAGACACCCCACUCACUAUGGCACUAUAGCUCAAAUAGGGCUUUGGCUUGCCUCAACACUAACUUACCCUCAGACAACCCCCCCCCCAAUAUUACACUAAAGCUCAUAUAGGGCUUUGACCUGCCUCACUACUUUCUUCCACUCAUAAAACCCACCAAUCCCUAUGACACUAUUUCCAAAUGCAAAAUUUCCCUAUUAUCCCAACCAUGGGACAUUUUUCUCUUAUUCCAACAAUGUGACAUUUUCCUCUCAUCCUAAAAAUGCGACAUUUCCCUCUCAUCCCAGGAAUGCGACAUUUCCCUCUCAUCACAAAAAUGCGUCAUUUCUCUCUCAUCCCAACCACGUGACAUUUCGGACUUAUCCCAGCCUUGCGAUAUUUCCCUCCAUUCCCCACCAUGUGUCAUUUCCAUCAGAUCCAAGCCGUGCGACAUUCCCUCUCAUUACAACCCUGCAACAUUUUCCUCUCAUCAUAACCAUGCGACAUUUCCCUCUCAUCACAACCAUGCGACAUUUCCCUCUCAUCACAACCUAGCCACAUUUCAGACUUAUCCCAGUCAUGCGAUAUUUCCCUCUCAUCCCAAACUUGCGAAAUUUCUAUCUGAUCCAAACCAUGCGACAUUUUCCUCUCAUCAUAACCAUGCGAUAUUUCCCCUCAUCCAUCCAUGCGACAUUUCCAUCCGAUCCAAGCCAUGCGACAUUCCCUCUUAUGACAACCAUGUGACAUUUUCCUCUCAUCACAACAAUGCGACAUUUCCCUCUGAUCCAAACCAUGCGACAAUUCCUCUCUCAUCCCAACUCUUGUGACAUUUCCCUGUCAUUCCAACCAUGCGACAAUACCUCUCUCAUCCUAACCAUGCAACAUUUCCCUCUCAUCCCAACAAUGCAACAUUUCGCUCUCAUCCCAGCCAUGCGAAAUUUUCCGCACAUCACAACCAUGCGACACUUCCUUCUUAUCCCAACCAUGCGACAAUUCCUCUCUCAUCCCAACCAUGCGACAUUUUCCUCUCAUUCAAACCAUGCGACAUUUCCCUCUCAUCACAACCAUGCGACAAUUCCUCUUUCAUCCCAACCAUGUGACAUUUCCCUCUCAUUCAAAUCGUGCGACAUUUCCUUCUGAUCCAAACCAAGCGACAUUUCCCUCUCAUCCCUACCAUGCGACAUUUUCCUCUCAUCCCAACCAAGCGACAUUUUUCUCUCAUUCCAACCAUCCGACUUUUUGUGUUUUUCCUCUCAUCCCAACCAUGUCACAUUUCACUCUCACCCCAGCGCAGCCGAUGGUCUAAGUGGGAUAAAACUUACAGAUACUUAGCAUUACACAUUGGCAUGCAAAUAUCGACAAAUUUAUUAAACAAACAGAAUACAUCAGUUUAUCUUACUAUGAUAGAUAAUAGGUUGUAAUACUUACAGAAUGAAGAAAUUCUCUAAUUACAGAUGCCUGCAUUAGAGCCAGUGACUGGUGCAAUAGAGCCAGGACACGACACAGUGACUGGCGCGGGAGAUCCAGGACGCGAUACUGUUAUUGGCAGAACAAAUAAAAUUAAUGUGACGAUCCUAGUUGGAAUGAAAAAUGCAGUGAGUGUGACCCCCCCCCCCUUACCCACACACACACACUCUUGCCUUGAGUAUGCAUUAGAUGUGUUAUAUUUAGCUAUAUUUAUGAUUUAUUUCUAACAGAUUUGAUGUUAUAAGAUUUCCCUCUAAGCGUCAGUUCACAAAUUUUCCAUCAUGCAUUUGAUGCGAUGUUUGUAUGAAGCCUUGCCACAACUUUCAAAUUACUAUUUGAUCAAAAUCCCACUUUUUUCAACAACAACAAAAAAAUAGAAACCACGCACCAAAUAUUGCGUUCAUACAAACAUUUGCAGCAAAGUUCAAGGCUAAUUUGAUCAUGUGAACUGACGCUAAAGUGCCAUUGUUGUGGGUUCAACAUAUCGAACAUAGUUACUUUUCAUUUGGGAAGGAGCCCUUAGGUUUAAUUUAGCCAAGUAUUUAUUAAUGGAUUUGUUCAGUCUUUUUUAUUUUUCAAAAUAUUCUGUUAAAAAGUCACACGUUAAGGUGUACACGAGAGAUCAUUUAUUUGUAUAAAGAAAGAUCAUCAAAAAAUUACAUGUGUUAUGGUGUGCGCAAAAGAGAUAUUAUAACACAGUAUGUAUUUUAAGGUGUAGACAAACAGAUCAUUACAAAAUUAUGUAUUUGAAGGUUUACACUUAACUCUAUAAACAGUUUUUUUUUUCCUUUGUCUGCUAAACUACCACGUGCUUUUGAAAUGCCCUGGGCAUUGGUAGAAAUAUUAAAGAGUUGUAAGACAAAUGCCAGCCAAUUGUAUUUAAAUUAGAGUUAGACUUUCUUUUUUUAAAAUUGUAAACAGGCUACCACAGACACCCCAUCGACUCCACUGCCUACCAUGGACCAUAGUUUGACUUAUGGUGUAAGCAGCCCCACAACUGUGUCUGGAACAACCAACCAUCCAGCACAACCUAGCUUUAACAACCAGCCAACCGUGGCUGGCACCUCUACUACAGUAACACCCGUGAACAGUGGUCCGAGUAAUGGAGAGUUGACUUCUGAUGUUAUUUUCCCCGUUACGUCUGUAACUGAACACGCUACAUCAGGUCUGUCCAUGAAUAGUAAUAUGUUUUUUUUUUCCAAUUUAUUCAACAAGUUAACAUGUAAACAAGACCGACGAAGAGAAUUUUUAAAGCCUAGACUCGCAUUAUUUACAUUUGGUGAUAAAAAGAAACCAAAAUCUCCCUCGUGAAUUUUUUUCUAGCGUCUUGCUGCUUUAAGAUUAUAAUUUUUUUUUUUUUAAAUAUAUUAACCAGAGAAGACCUCCGUUUUCCCAACUUUCUCCACAACAGACUGAAUCAGCUUUACCAACUAUAUGAACGACAGACACUAUCCACUAUACCAAAUAUAUCAACCAUAACUACAUCCACUUUCCCAAAUAUAUCAACCACAGACAACAUCAACUUUCCCAAAUAUAUCAAUAACAGACUACAACAGCUUGCCCAAAUAUAUCAACAGACAACAUCCGCUAUAUAAAAUUUAUCAACAAAAGAUGACAUCAGCUUUCCCAAAUAUAUCAACGAAAGAUGACAUCAGCUUUCCCAAAUAUAUCAACAAAAGAUGACAUCAGCUUUCCCAAAUAUAUCAACAAAAGAUGUCAUCAGCUUUCCCAAAUAUAUCAACAAAAGAUGACAUCAGCUUUCCCAAAUAUAUCAACAAAAGAUGACAUCAGCUUUCCCAAAUAUAUCAACAAAAGAUGUCAUCAGCUUUCCCAAAUAUAUCAACAAAACAUGACAUCAGCAAUUUAACAGUUUUUAAACAUUCCUAGAACGCACGCAGUGAACCCAAGCCACAUAUUACAAAAACUGUUUGCAUGCUGACGUCACAAGAUCAUUGACCAUAACUCAACCAUUUUACGCAAUUGGUCCGCAUGUGAACAAGCCACUCUCUCUUCCCAUCCCCCCCCCAAACAAACACACCAACUUUGCGGACGUACUUGAUGAACGACUCCUAAACCAUUUGUACAACAUUACAUUACGUUUGAACACAGAGAGAUCCCAGACCAAAACAUUACAUUACACUUGAACACAACGUGAUCCUACACUAGAACAUUACAUUACACUUGAACAGAGAGAGAUCCCAGACCAAAACAUUACAUUACACUUGAACACAGCGCGAUCCCAGACCAAAACAUUACAUUACACUUGAACACAGCGCGAUCCCAGACUAAAUUGUACCACCCAUUAAUGGACAUCUUGCACAAAUAAAGAGUGCAUUAAAAUGGUUCAACCCUCAGUAGACAUAACUCUUUUGCCAUUAAAUAUCACAUGUCAUCAAAUGUCAUGUUAUUGUCAUUUAUAUCAUUAUUCUUUCCAAUAUUACCACUUCAAAUGUCAUGUUAUGACCAUCUCCAUCUUUGCUCCAGCCAAUGUUACCACAUCAAAUAUUAUGUUAUUGUCCUUUCCAUCAUUGUUCCAGCCAAUGUUACCACAUCAAAUGUCAUGUUAUUGCCAUUUCCAUCAUUGUUCCAGACAAUGUUACCUCACAUGAAGCAAAGAUCAAUGAACUCAUCAAACAGAUGGCCGUAGACAUGCUUAUGAGUCGAAUCCUCCAAUCAAAGACAACACAAAGCUCCACAGGGUUUGACUCCCAACUGGCCAAUGAGCUGGUCAGACUCCUGGGAGGUAGCCCAAUCGUGGCCUCUACAGCCCAGGUGCAGCUGGUAGCUGUCGAUGUGACCACUGUCGGACCGUCUUCGACAAAACCACAAAUCAGUGUGGUCAACGCGACACCACAGGUGGUACAUGAAAAUAUCGGAUCAGGAACUAUCCCAGAGGCAUCAACAUCUCGGAGUAAGUGGUUAAGCUCUUCUUUGACAAACAUAAUUUUUGCUGUAUUUCAAUAUUUCAUGUCCAUCUAGAAGUUCAGUAUUUUAGAACUGUGGCGUGUUAAUAAGUGUAAAUCUUAUUUGUAUUGCAACAGAAAGCAUUGACAAUUUUAACAAUUAUCGAUUAAAUGGUUGGCUUUCCCCCGCUAUUUAUAAUUUUCACGGAAUGUUUAUGUCGAAAAUCAAAAAUGUAUUAGGCAAUUAGGUCUAGUAUUUUUUUUCACUCUUCUUUUUAUUUUAUUAUUAUUAUGUUGUUUAUUGUAUUUUUAGGGGUGUUGGUUAGGGUUAGGGUUAGGGUUAGGGUUAGAGUUAGGGUAGGGUUAGGGUUAGGGUUAGGGUUAGGGUUAGAGUUAGGGUUAGGGUAGAUUUUUUUUCUCUCUUAAAUGUUAUAGACUUUGGAAAAAAAUUAAUAAUUAAAAUGAAAUUAUUUAAUUAAGUUUUCGUAAGACUGAAUAAUUUAUUUUGGAGUACGAAAAUGAACAAACACAAUUGAAUUGACAGAUGUUGAGGCCACCACUCAAAUCAUAACAACAAACUCUACCGUAGCUGCUGGCGUUGACCCUGUCAUCAUGGUAAAUAUUUCUAGUAGCGCUUAUCACGUUAUACCUUUGUUAUAGCUCUGUUAAAAAUAUGUAUGUUCUUUUUUAAAAUCUUCGACAUUAGGAUGAAGAUUGGAGGGUAAUAACACAUUUCUUAUGUGAACGAAACUUCAGUCAAGGUAACUGGUAAAAUCAUGGUAACUGCUUCAAUCGUGGUAACAGAUUCAAUCAUGUCAACUGCUUCAAUCAUGGUAACUGUUUCAAUUAUGGCAACUGCUUCAAUCAUGGUAAAUGAUUCAAUUAUGGUAACUUCUUCAAUAAUGGUAACUGCUUCAAUAAUGGUAACUGAUUCCAUUAUGAAAAGUAAACUAUUUUUAAUUUCAGUAUAGGUUUCACACUUUUUAAUUUUUUUAAGUUGUUUUGUUUUUAUAGGUUCUUGUAUGGUGUUAGUUAAAGCCUGGUUUAUUUUUUUUAUUAAUCUUGUUGUUUAUCAUGAAGACAUGAUAUUUAAUGAAUGAAGACAAAUUGAGUACUUUCUGUAUCAUGUUCCAUCCACCAACCCCCAAACCCACCCCAACGGUCCACCCCCACCCAGCACCACCAUCCGCUCACCCCAAACCCCGCAUCUCCAACCCACUUUUUAUUGAUCCACUCUUUCAUUGAGAAUACUAUGCUCCUGCUCUCUUAAAUUAGCGGAGAAGUUAUGAAAACAUAUUAUAAUAAUACUUAUACAAGGUAGUUUACAGUAUUUAAGACGUGGCUACUCUGAACUACACCAUAGAUCCACAGACAUUUGGCUUGUUUAUAUGAAUGCUCUGAACAACACCAUAGGUCCACUGUCAUUUGGCUUGUUUAUUUCAUUUCUCUGAACUUUGCAAUAGGUCCACUGUAAUUUUGUCUGUUUAUUUUUAUCCCAGAAUGCCAACAAUCAACUUGCCAGCUUGGCUCAAAAUGUGAUUGAGACUCUUUUGGCCCAAACUGCGUCUGGGGCCUUGCGCCAAGAUGACCCACUUAUCAGGGCAGCCCAGGCUCUCCUAGGGGAGAUCAAAGAACUGACGAAGAACUCCUCGUCUCUACUCAACGGAACCAGAACAGUGCUCAGUAACAUGACCCUUGACCUUAACAGCCAGGCAACAGCUUCGACAACUGACAUGACGACAAAUCAAAGUAAUGCCACUUUGAAUGAUACAGCACUCAAUGCCACUUUGAAUGAUACAGCAGUUAAUGGUCAAGAUUUUAAUUUGACAUCGAUGAAUUUUUCUCUGGCUCUUGACACAUACAACAGCACAACAGACAACACCACAACCGCUAUGGAAACAACAACGACAGCAGUUCCUGUCACUGAAGCCACAGAGGCGGUACCCACACCACCACCACCCCCACCUGGAAUGCCUCAUUUGUUUGAAGCCCUGCCUGGAAUGGUAAGUAGAACCAUUUUUUUUGUAUAGUAACUUUGUGUAUUAUAACUUUGGUAUAAUAAAAUAAUUACAAUCAAAUCAAAUCGCUUUCUGCAGGGGCCGCAACUUAAGGCAUGUCUCUGUCACAGUGGUCCUCCGCGUUCCAUCAUUAGAUUCGUCCUUAUCAAAUAGUGUUAAGCCCCUUACAUUAGAUUUGUCUUUAUUUAUUGCGCGAUAAGAUGUCUCAUUAACUCGUUGAACCUUGACCAUUAUCAACUAACAAAUGCGAAUAAAAAUGUAACUUAAAACAAAUAAAGGUUAACAAAUUAUAUUCCGUGAAUUGUCUAUAGUUAUUUACAAAAUGUAUGCAUAAUUUUCGAGUUGAAGAACAUUAUUUAGUGAAUAAAAAUAGGGGAAGUACUGGAAAUGAAGUUGGUAGAAAUUAUAAGGAAUAAAUUUAUUGAAAUUAUUUGGGAUGAACUUUAUGAAAACAUUGGGAAUGAAGCUUAUGAAAAUCUAGGGAAUGAAGCUUAUGAAAAUAUAGGGAAUGAAGUUUAUGAAAAUAUUGGUAAAAAGUUUAUGCUUAGAUAAUUAAUAAGAUAUUCUCUACAUCCGUAAAUGUUACCAGGUUCCGGAUAUUUCUAUUGGUAUCACAAAAAUAAUCAUCCCUAGCUUCUAUGACGAACAUAAUCACCUCUAACUUCUAUGACGAACAUAAUCACCUCUAACUUCUAUGACGAACAUAAUCACCUCUAACUUCUAUGACGAACAUAAUCACCUCUAACUUCUAUGACGAACAUAAUCACCUCUAACCUCUAUGACGAACAUAAUGACCCUAACAAUGUAUGAUGGAAAUAAAGUCCUACCACAAAAGAUGAACAUAACCACCUUGUACUUGUGUGACGAACAUACAUGAGCACUAAUGACCUAUUGUUGUCAUUUAUGAUCACAUAUGCUAUGUCAUUCGAAAAUGUCCUUUAUAGACGUUGAUUUAAACUAUAUUUGCAUUGAAUAUACAAAUCAAGUUUUUGCGUUGAAGUUUAGAAGUUGGGGCACACUGUUGAAUUAAAUGUCGAAAAAUCACGAUAAUCCGUUUAUUGUACUUACCGCGAAUCUGUGACAUGGAUCAAUAUAUCGAAUCUGUGACAUGGAUCAACAUCUCGAAUCUGUGACAUGGAUCAACAUCUCGAAUCUGUGACAUGGAUCAACAUCUCGAAUCUGUGACAUGGAUCAACAUCUCGAAUCUGUGACAUGGAUCAACAUCUCGAAUCUGUGACAUGGAUCAGCAUCUCGAAUCUGUGACAUGGAUCAGCAUCUCGAAUCUGUGACAUGGAUCAGCAUCUCGAAUCUGUGACAUGGAUCAGCAUCUCGAAUCUGUGACAUGGAUCAACAUCUCGAAUCUGUGACAUGGAUCAACAUCUCGAAUCUGUGACAUGGAUCAACAUCUCGAAUCUGUGACAUGGAUCAACAUCUCGAAUCUGUGACAUGGAUCAGCAUCUCGAAUCUGUGACAUGGAUCAGCAUCUCGAAUCUGUGACAUGGAUCAGCAUCUCGAAUCUGUGACAUGGAUCAGCAUCUCGAAUCUGUGACAUGGAUCAACAUCUCGAAUCUGUGACAUGGAUCAACAUCUCGAAUCUGUGACAUGGAUCAACAUCUCGAAUCUGUGACAUGGAUCAACAUCUCGAAUCUGUGACAUGGAUCAACUCGAAUCUGUGACAUGGAUCAACAUCUCGAAUCUGUGACAUGGAUCAACAUCUCGAAUCUGUGACAUGGAUCAACAUCUCGAAUCUGUGACAUGGAUCAACAUCUCGAAUCUGUGACAUGGAUCAACAUCUCGAAUCUGUGACAUGGAUCAGCAUCUCGAAUCUGUGACAUGGAUCAGCAUCUCGAAUCUGUGACAUGGAUCAGCAUCUCGAAUCUGUGACAUGGAUCAGCAUCUCGAAUCUGUGACAUGGAUCAACAUCUCGAAUCUGUGACAUGGAUCAACAUCUCGAAUCUGUGACAUGGAUCAACAUCUCGAAUCUGUGACAUGGAUCAACAUCUCGAAUCUGUGACAUGGAUCAACUUCUCGAAUCUGUGACAUGGAUCAGCAUCUCGAAUCUGUGACAUGGAUCAGCAUCUCGAAUCUGUGACAUGGAUCAGCAUCUCGAAUCUGUGACAUGGAUCAGCAUUUCGAAUUUGUGACAUGGAUCAGCAUCUCGAAUCUGUGACAUGGAUCAACAUCUCGAAUCUGUGACAUGGAUCAACAUCUCGAAUCAGCGACAUGGAUUAACCGAUGCUCUUGUCUGAUUGAUGUAUGCUGCUAUAAUAUAAGUUCAUGUUUGUUUUUAAGAUCUUAGGAAUGAAAUAACAAAACUUUUUUUAAAUGGCCUAAAUCUGGAAUGAACAAAACAACCAAUGUAUGUACAAGGGAGUUCCAUAUGUUGUUGUUAUUAACAUAUUAUUGCUGGAGUAAUCAGUUUCUGUUGGAACAAGAUUGAUGGAUUCAAAAUGUAGUGUUGGAACAUGAUUGCUGUGUUAACCAUAUAAUGUUUGAACAAGAUUGCUGGAUUGACCCUGUUCUGUUUUGACAAGAUUGCUGGAUUGACCAUGUUCUGUUUGGACCAGAUUGCUGGAAUGACCAUGUUCUGUUUGGACUAGAUUUCUGGAUUGACCAUGUUCUGUUUGGACAAGAUUGCUGGAUUGACCAUAUUCUGUUUGGAAAAGAUUGCCGUGUUGAUUAUUUUGUAUUGGAAAAAGAUUGCUGCGCUCAUCAUCAUGUAUUGUUGGAAUAAUAUCAAUGUAUUCUUCAUGAAGUUUUAGAAACAAAAUGAUAAGUUACCAUUUAACACAGGAUGUCUUUUGAUUCAUAAGAUAGUAGUUUCGAAAUCUUUUAUAAAUAUAAAAAUAACACUAAUCACAUGCAAAAAUGCCACAGAGAUAUCUAAUGACGUAAAUAUCAUAAAUGAUUAUUCCUGUUGCUCAUUUAGACAUACAAAUGUCAUUGGCAGAGUAACUAUUUAGACAUACAAAUGUCAUUGGCAGAGUAACUAUUUAGACAUACAAAUGUCAUUGGCAGAGUAACUAUUUAGACAUACAAAUGUCAUUGGCAGAGUAACUAUUUAGACAUACAAAUGUCAUUGGCAGAGUAACUAUUUAGACAUACAAAUGUCAUUGGCAGAGUAACUCCACAAGCACAGAUUCCCCCUACUAUUAAAGGACAGCAAUUUUACUUUCUCUCACCAACAGGCCAACAAUGAGGUGCAACCGACGACACAGGGUUUCCAACCUAGGAACAACACCACCUCUUCAGAAGGCUCCUCUCCACCAGCUGUGGUAGCCUCGUCCACCGCUUCCUCUCUUGUCCAAGAUCCCAAACAUUCUUUGAUCAAAUCGCUGGCCCAUUUCUAUGGCGUGUCGCUGGAUGAAGCUGAUGCC